AACCAGAAGACUGUGUGCAAGGAAUAAUCACUAUCUGAUCUAAAUCUACCGUUAUCGGAAACAGUUUAGAAAUGUUCCAAAGCAUGAUUCUGUACGUGGUUCCCAUUUUCUGCACACUAUCUAUCAAUACACUACUUGCUUGUGAUAUCCUUGAUGAUUUUGACAACACCAGGGAUCCAGGAGACAUCAUCAUUGGAGGUCUCAUCCCAGUACACGAGAAGGUUGUAACUGCCACAAAUCCAGAGAGUCAAAAAUGUACAGGAUAUGAUGUCCGAGGCUUGGUAAAAACCCUUGCCUUGAUCCACUCCAUAGAGAUGGUAAAUAAUUCAACUCUAUUACCUGGAAUCAAACUGGGUUAUGAAAUAUAUGACACUUGCACGGAUCCUACAAAGGCAAUAAAAGCAACCCUGAGGUUCCUUUCUAACUCCAACUCCACAGACAGUUGCGUUAAAGUACAGUGUAACUAUACAGAUUAUCAACCAACAGUAAAGGCAGUUAUAGGAGCUGCUACAUCAGAGGUUAGCAUUGCAAUUGCAAGGCUGUUGAACAUCCAACUAAUGCCUCAG